AUGGCUACUCCUAUUGUACCAAAGGAUAACUUCCACGCAGACGUUGACGAUAUCGGUUUUGAAAUUUUCUGUCUUAUCUGGCUCGAUGAUAAUACAACCGCUGAAGAUAAUCGAGAUACAGAACAGAAAUUACGUUCUAUCAUUAAUCGUCUCAAAAAGUUUCAAGAUGUAAAACAAUGUCAAAAAUAUAUUGAAGAACGUUCACAAAAUGAACGAGUUGUCAUGAUUGUUAGUGGUCGAUUGGGAAGCGAAAUAGUCCCUUCUAUUCAUAAACUGCGACAAGUUAUAUCGAUUUAUGUGUAUUGCAUGGAUAAGAAACGUAAUAAACAAUGGGCUGACAAAUUCAAAAAAGUAAAAGCUGUUAUCGUUGAACUUGAUGAACUAAUUUCUCGAAUUCAAGCUGAUCAUAAAAUUCAGAAAAUGGUGGAGGAACCAUUAUCAAUUAAUGUUUUCACUAUAGGGUCUGAUUCAGGCAAGUCAACAGCUGAUGUAAAUGGUAAAUUUGUUUUUUUCCAACUUCUUAUUGAUUGUCUUCUACGAUUAAAAUCUACUGACAAAGAUACAAAGGAGCUUAUUAAACAUUGUGAAAAGGCAUAUGAAGGUAAUAAUUUUGAAUUAAGGAAUCUUCGUGAAUUUAAAAGGGAUUAUUCGCCUGACAAAGUCUUACGGUGGUAUACACGGCAAUCGUUCUUUUUCAAGACUCUUAAUACGGUUCUACGCACCGAAAAUAUACAUAUGAUUUUUUUAUUUCGUGCAUUUAUCUCUGAUAUACAACGUCAAUUAAAAAAGUAUCAAGCUAAACAUUCUCUACGAGUUUAUCGUGGACAGAUGAUAUCAAAAAGUGAACUGAAAGCUUUACAGCAAUGUUGUGAUCAAUUUAUUUCCGUGAAUUCAUUUUUUUCUACUAGCACUGAUGAUGAACAAGCUAGUGUUUUUCUCAAUGUUCCUGAUGAUGCAGACAAUUUAGAACCAGUACUAUUUGAAAUCUAUGCCGAUCCUAAGAUAGCCGCUACAAAACCAUUUGCUGAUAUCAGUGCACAUAGUGAAUUUCCUGAUGAAUCAGAAAUACUUUUCAUGCCUGGUUCUAUUUUUCGUUUGAACAGCGUCAAACGCAAUAGUGAUAAUCAAGUAUGGGUCAUCCAAAUGACGUUGUGUAGUGAGAAUGAACAUGAUUUAAAACAAGUUCUCACGUAUAUGAAACAACAACUUGGUAGUGGAGAAACAAAUCUUCGAACAUUGGGAAAAGUAUUAUGCAAAAUGGGAAAAUUUGAUUUAGCUGAACAAUAUUUUACUCGUUUAUUAAAAGAACUUUCACCAAAUGACCCUUUACUCAGUAUUUUGUAUGAAGAUCUUGGUGAGCUGGCAUCACAGACUGGUGACUACAACAAAAGCGUCAAGUGGCAUCAAAAAUCGCUCGAACUCAAGCAUCAGCAUGAGUUAAAUGAUACAGUCAAUAUUGAUCAACGUAAUAAUUAUAUUGGUAAGUUCAUCGACAGAAAGUAUAUUAUCUUUGUGAAAAUUCAUAAUCGAUACCAUCAAGCAAUUCUUCUUUAUUGCAUGUCAAAUAGACAUUUUAGGUUCCCGAAAUAGUUGACGGUUAGAAUCGAAUCGAUAGAAGUAUCUACUAUUAUCGGCCCUAGUUUUAACUGUUAUCGUCUCUGACCAUUGUCUUACGGUACUUUUGUACGAUAACACUGGUUUUCACAUCUUUCUGUCUAUAUUACUGUAUGAUGACAGUGAUUAUGAGGGAAUCAAUUAUUUCCUUACGUUUCAGCUAACAAGUAUAAACUCAAAUACAUAUUCAACUAUCACAACAUUCUUAAAAACUCUGCCAAAGAGCUUUUAAUUGUCAUUGAUUUCCAAAAAAAUGUUCAAGUAUUAUCUACAAUGGUGCUAAAUCUUUUCCCCAUCAUCUAAUAGUUUUAUUCACUGACAUAUGUGAAUAAUAAUAACUUAGACAGUUUAUUCUCAUAUUCUUUUAUAAAUAUCAUAUUAAUAUGAAUAGAGAUUCAUUCAACUAUAAAGAUUUACGUUAUUUUAAAACACAUCUUUAUGUGUCUUGUGAUUCACUCUUUGUCCACUGUUGUGUA